AUGGCCUUUCCAUUGCCGCGGGGCAUUUCGCCCUCAGAGAUCGAGUUUAUCUCGGAGAUGGAGAUGGUGACUGUCGUGCCUCGACAGCGCUUAGAAGGCCUCGAUUUACUAUCAGGUCCUACAGAAAAAUUGUUACCGCCACAGCGUGCCACACUUCCGCUCUGGCUCGCAAUCCUUUUGAAACGGCAACGGCGUGUGAAUAUCGUUCCUCCGUACUGGCUCCAUCCUGAGUCUUUACAAAUCAUCCUUCAAUUCGAAACAGAAACACGGGAAUAUACAGACGCAUUUUCGCCGCCGCCAAGGCUGCCAGGUCAGCGAAGACCAGGCGACGACAACCGACGCAACCAACCACCUCCACCUCGACCAAAACAUACGCUUGACGGAGAGCGGUACCAUCCCUCGCCGCCAUUCUUACCGCAAAAUACAGCCCUGACUGCAGGGGAAGAAUCAGAACGAGACAAAGAAAUCGCCCUACCCUAUCACUGGCUGGAAGUUGGCAACAUGUUGCUUGAUGCCGCAAGCGAUGAUCUUACAGAACCCGACCAAAUACGGCGGUUACUAAAGGAUUUAAGAGAAGUCCGAAUGUCAAAGAUGCGAAAGGGCGUGGAUAUCCUGGACACAGCAGCGACGGCUGGUGGCGGGGUUGCCCUCACUGGGGUUGGGGCUAUGGAGAUUGGAGAAAUGAGAGGCUUCGUUGCUGGGGUUGUUGAAGGGCUCAGGAAAAUCGGCGCAUCACGCGAGCAGGCCCGUAGAGAGCAACUUGCUGAAGAAGGGCCUACCCAGGCCGACGCCCAGGAUGAGGAUGAUGAUAUGGAAUUCUAG